AUGGCUCAGAGGACAGAGAAAGAAGAGACGGAAUUCAAGGUCGUCCCGGAAACCAUAACUCUCUGCGUUAACAACUGCGGCGUUACCGGCAACCCCGCCACCAACAACAUGUGCCAGAAGUGCUUCAACGCCACUACUGCCACCACCUCAUCGUCCUCCGCUGCCGGGAUCACGACUCCUCUCAAUUUCUCAGCUGGAGGCGGCGAUAAGAGCCCUAGAUCUACUUCAUCGCGUUCGCCGGAGAGGUCAUAUCCAGCAGAGACCGCCAGAAACCCGACGCCGCAGGACCAGGCGGCCACCGUUUCCGACAGAUCGCCUGUGCCGACAGCCAAGAGGGAGGUGAACCGAUGUUCCGGCUGCCGGAGGAAGGUGGGCCUCACCGGAUUCAGGUGCCGAUGUGGCGAGCUAUUCUGCGCGGAGCACCGGUACUCCGAUCGCCACGACUGCAGCUACGACUACAAAGCUGCCGGCCGCGAGGCUAUCGCGAGGGAAAACCCCGUGGUCAAGGCGGCAAAGAUUGUUAGGGUCUGA